GAAACAACCCCCUAAUCCAGAGGAUUGACGCGCAGAUCGAGAAGAACUGAACUAAAGGACUGAAACCAACCCGGAACUUUUUGGCCGAUUAUUAAUCCCUGAAGCGGGCGAGUUUGGGACUUUUCCGUCGGUGUUCCGAUGGUUCUGUAGGAGAACCCACCUUUAUGGACUCACCUGGCCGCUCCUGGAGCAGAACCACGGAGUUGUUCUGAUGUUCUGACCGCCGCCGUUCCUGCAGGAGAACAGACGCUUCAGAGCAGCUCGUGAGGAGACGUCUCAGGAGGCAUCAUGCCGCAGCAGAAGGACAUCGUGAAGAUCGCCAUCCAGAUGCCCGGCGCCUACCCCCAGCUCAUCCAACUGGACCAGAAGAAGCCUCUGUCUGCUGUCAUCAAGGCCGUGUGUGAAGGAUGGAACCUGCCAGGUCCAGAGAACUACGCCCUGCAGUACGCCGAUGGAGUGCAGCUCUACAUCACCGAGUCGAACCGCCUGGACAUCAAGAACGGCUGCAUCCUCCGUCUGACCAAGGCUCCGGGCUGCAGUGCAGAAGCCCUGAAGAAGGGCAUCCAGAGCGCUGAUGGGGGGGUGCGCUGCGAGUCGCUGAAGGAGCUGGCCACCAUCUCCAGGGACGUGACCUUCGCUCAGGAGUUCAUCAACCGAGGAGGCCACACCCUGCUGGUGAAGAUCGUGGAGGACUCCAAAGAGAACAACCAGAUCAUGACGCACACGCUGACCGGCUUCAUGGAGCUGAUGGACCACGGCAUCGUGUCCUGGGAGAACCUCUCUGCCGUCUUCAUCAAGAAGAUCUCCGGCUUCGUCAGCAGCAGGUCCACAGACGAGGCCAUGCAGCAGGUGUCCCUGGACAUCCUGGAGAACAUGGUGCUGAGCAGCAGGAAGCUCUUCCUGCAGGUCAAGCAGGAGGUCACCAUGGAGAAGCUCAUCGCUCACCUGCAGGUGGAGAACCAGCAGAUCCAGACCAAAGCAAUGGCUCUGCUGAUGGCGCUGCUGCAGACGGCUGACGACUUGGACAGACAGGAGAUCUUUGCCUUUCUGAACAAGAAGAACCUGCGUCAGUACAUCUAUAAGAACAUCAUCCUGGGCUCCAGCCCCAUCCAGGAUGAGAUGGCUCACUACCUGUACGUCCUGCAGUCGCUCACCUUGAACCUCCUGGAGGCUCGCAUGAGGACGCCGCUGGACUGCUACAGCCAGGAACACAGGGACAUCCUGCAUGGACUGCGGCAGGCGGCCUUUGAGACGGAGAGCGAGAACAGCCUCAGCCAUGAGCGCCGCCGCUCGCUCUGUGCCAAAGAGUUUAAGAAGCUGGGUUUUUCUAACAACAGCAACCCGGGUCAGGACCUGGUGCGCACGCCUCCCGGCCUCCUGGCUCUGGAGACCAUGCAUUACUUUGCUGCACGCUACCCUGACGCCUACAGCAGGUUCGUCCUGGAGAACAGCAGCAGAGAGGACAAACACGAGUGUCCGUUCGCCCGCAGCAGCAUCCAGCUCACCCUCAUCCUCUGUGAAAUCCUUCGGAUCGGAGAAGCUCCCUCAGAGACGGGCUCCAGCUACCACCCCAUCUUCUUCAGCCAGGACCGGCUGCUGGAGGAGCUCUUCUGCGUCUGCAUCCAGCUGCUCAACAAAACCUGGAAGGAGAUGAGAGCCACGCAGGAGGACUUUGACAAGGUGAUGCAGGUGGUGAAGGAGCAGAUCACCAGGACUCUGGCCAGCAGGCCCACCUCCCUGGAGCUCUUCAAGAACAAAGUCAACGCUCUGAACUACAGCGAGAUCCUCAAGCUGAGGCAGACGGAGCGGCUGCACCAGGAGGAGACGCUGGCUCCGCCCGUCCUCGAGCUGAAGGAGCGGCUGAAGCCGGAGCUGCUGGAGCUGAUCCGCCAGCAGAGGCUCAACCGGCUGUGCCAGGGGACCAUGUUCAGGAAGAUCAGCAGCCGGCGCAGGCAGGACAAGCUGUGGUACUGCCGCCUGUCCCCCAACCACAAGAUGCUGCACUACGGCGACGUGGAGGAGGAGGCAGAGAGCCCCGCCAUAGAGACGCUGCAGGAGAAGAUUCCAGUGGCAGAUAUCAAAGGUCUGCUGACGGGGAAGGACUGUCCUCACAUGAAGGAGAGCAAAGGCAAGCAGACCAAGGAGGUGCUGGACCUGGCCUUCAGCAUCACCUACGACGUGGAGGAGUACAGCCUGAACUUCAUCGCCCCCUCCAGGACCGACUUCUGCCUGUGGACGGACGGGCUGAGCGUCCUCCUGGGCCGCGACAUGAGCAGCGAGUCCAUGCGCAGCGAGCUGGAGAUCCUGCUGUCCAUGGAGAUUAAGCUCCGCCUCCUGGACCUGGAGAACGUCCCCAUCCCCGAGAGCGCCCCCGUUGUCCCCAAACCGCCCAGCAACUACAACUUCUGCUACGACUUCAGCCAGACGGAGCAGUAGCCGCAGCGUCUGGGUCCCUCUGGAUCCGGUCCCUCUGGGUCUGGACCCUGUGGAUCCGGUCCCUGUGGGUCUGGACCUGUCAGUCUGGACCCAUCAGCUGAUUUUAACACUUUGCAGACGCAGGUCUGGGUCGGGCUCCUCCCUGACGACUCCUGCAGGCGGCAGUCUGCAGCUCAGCAGGUACUUUUAGCUUAAAUGUGAGCUCUGGUGUAACGGUGCUCUCUCUCUGUUUUAAAGUUUUUUUUAGUUGGGAAAACGCUGCGUAGCUUCAGGAAUAUCGCUGCACGCCGCUGCUUCUGGUUUCACGCGGGCAUUAAGCAGAAAUCAGGCAGAAAUCAGCCUCUUAGGUACUCGUUCUGAUGCGGUUCAGCCACUGUGGAGGUUUUUUACCAAACUUUAUUUUCUAUAAUUGCUGUAAAUCUGUAUGAUACUCAUGGAUCCAUUCCUGUUUUAACUCUAAGCGUGUUGCUGCCAGGUCUGUCGUUUCACUUUAAUCCGCUGCUUCCUCCAAACUGACCAAAUAAAGCCAUUAAAUCACA